CACGCAGAGCGUUGGGUUUGCGAGCACCCGCGGGGCCGCGUGCAAAGCCUCUGUUCGUUGGGACUCGGCGUAGGCCGCUCAGAGCCCAGGCUCCUGAGACUUAACCUUUCCUCAAGACCCGAAUAAAAGAGGUCAGAUAAUGACAGCAAUGUCCUUAACAGCUGGGCCCCAGGAGCUGCUGACUUUUGAGGAUGUGGCCGUGUACUUCACUGCGGAGGAAUGGGCCAGCCUGGUCCCUGCUCAGAGGGCCUUGUACAGGGAUGUGAUGCUGGAGAACUAUGCGGCUGUGGCCUUCCUAGCAGCAUCACCCAGUUUCAAACCAGCUCUGAUCUCUCAGCUGGAACAAGGGAAAGAGCCGUGUUUCAUCGAGCCGCAGGGAGCCCUGAGUUGGAGAGCAGACCUUGCAGGAUACAGUGCAAAAAUAAGAAGAUGUAUGUACUUAGCUAAAAUGAUGACAUAUGCCAUAAAAUUAAAAAUUCUUCAGAAUCGUCUCUUCUGGGAAGACAGGACAAAGGCUUAAUUCCUUACGUUUAAAUACCACUUUUCAGAGUAAGGAGUUGAUUUAAGAGCCAUCUGAAAUGAUGUCAAGUAUGCAUUUUCUUGUUCUGCUGACACAUGCAUUUCCUAGAUUUAAUGUUUUUCAUUCAUUAAAAUUAUUCAUGUUGAUAUACAAA